UGAGAACUGGUAAACAUCUAUAGCGUUGCCGCCGCAGACUGAGGAACGAGAGAACGAAGACCAAGUCUUGGUGUCGCCCUAGCUUCCCCGAUCCCCAUCCCACGGGAUCCGCGACGCGUUCAAGGAGGGGGACGAGGACCGAUCCCUCGAUCGGAGGAAGAGGAGGCGAACUUGGAAUCCCUAGCUUUGGCGAUCGCGCGAUCCGUUUCUCUCUGCGGCUCCGACUGUCGCCUUCCUCGCCUGGCGCGGCGCCGGUCGCAGGAGAUCAUGAGCGGACGCCCCGAGCCGGUCUCGGAUCUCGGCGGCGGUUCCACAUUGCAAUCCCCCUCGAAUGGACGCAGCUUUCCGACCCGCCGUCGUCAUCGACAACGGGACCGGGUAUACUAAAGUGGGUUUGGCUGGCAACGUUGAGCCAUCCUUUUCUAUUCCUACUGUUGUAGCUGUCAAUGAGUCGUUCCUGAACCAGUCAGAUGGUCGCAAUAUGGGAAAUUAUUUAGCACAGUAUAAUGCUGGAAUAAUGGCUGAUCUUGAUUAUUUCAUCGGAGAAGAGGCUCUAUCACUGCCCACAAGUGGAGUUUACAAUCUCAGUUACCCUAUACAACGCAGUAAGGUUACUAACUGGGACACCAUGGAAAAAUUCUGGCAGCAGUGCAUCUACAAUUACUUAAAUUGUGAUCCUGAGGAUCACUAUUUUCUCUUGACUGAGAGCCCAAUCACUUCCCCAGAAGAUCGCGAGUAUAUGGGAGAAAUCAUGUUUGAAACAUUCAAUGUCCCUGGACUUUAUAUAGCAGUCCAACCAAUCCUUGCACUAUCUGCUGGGUGUUCAACUGACAAACCUCAAAUGACAGGAGUCGUAGUUGACAUUGGAGAUGGAGCUACUCAUGUUGUACCUGUUGUAGAUGGCUAUAUAAUUGGAAGUAGCAUUAAAUCUUUCCCAAUUUCUGGCAAUGACGUGACUCAAAUUGUUUUACAACUUCUACAGGAAAGAGGAGAGCUUAUUCCGCCAGAAGAUUCUCUUGGAAUAGCUAGGAAGGUGAAGGAAAUGUACUGUUACACAUCAUCAGAUAUUGUCAAGGAGUACAUUAAACAUGACAAGAAACCUGACAAGUAUAUCAAGAAAUGGGCUGGCGUUAAACCAAAGACCAGGGUGCCCUUUUCAUUUGAUGUUGGCUAUGAACGCUUUCUUGGACCUGAGGUUUUCUUUCAUCCCGCAAUCUACAUUAGUGACUAUGGUACUCCAUUAUCUGAAGUAAUUGACAACUGUGUUCAGUCAGCACCAAUUGACACCAGAAGGGGUUUAUAUAAGAAUGUAGUUUUAUCUGGGGGAUCAACUAUGUUUAAAGGUUUCCAAAAAAGAUUGCAGAAGGAUUUAAAGAAAAUAGUUGAUGAUCGAAUCACCACAUCCAAUGCACGUCUUGGUGUGGAUGUAAAAUCUCAACCUGUGGAGGUUAACGUUGUAAGCCACCCUAUUCAGAGGUCUGCUGUUUGGUUUGGCGGUUCUGUAGUUGCAUCUCUACCUGAAUUCUACGAGUCUUGUAACACAAAAGAGGAUUAUGAUGAACAUGGAGCAAGUAUAUGUCGAACUAGUCCUAUCUUCAAGGGGAUGUAUUGAGGUUUUCUUGCCCAAAUUCAAAUGGAUAAUGCAUCUACCUCCACUGCAUUUUUGGUUGUACGUUCGAACUAAGGUUGCACUCACAAUUUGAAGGGGAAAAAAACUAGUUUUUUGAGUUGUAUCUUAGAUUAGAUUUCGUGUGAAGAUUAAUAAUGUUAUCAUUGAUUCAUUUUUUAAUAGUUCACAAUUGUAUAGCAUCCAUCUAAUAAAUAGUUAUUGUUGCAUUAUAAUGCAAUCAAGCAGGAUGAAUUAAGAGGGAUGACUACUUGUUUUGUUUCUAUAAAUUGUAAAUCGAUCAUUAUAUUUUGUUAGAUUUCUUAAAGAACUCAUCUAUAGUUUUCAAUGAUCCAA